AUGAUGCCCUUACUGUCUAUCUCAGCAUAUCUUCCCCUCUUUCUCGGGAUCGUUUCUGGCACCAGUCAUUCCCAUGCUACCCACGACCAAGCCCGCGACGUCGACGUAAUCCGACGCGAUGUUUGCAUCAUUGGCGGCGGUGCCGCUGGCACUUAUGCGGCCAUGAGUCUGCGACAACUCAACCAGAGCGUGGUGGUGGUGGAAAAGACUGGCCGUCUAGGAGGCCACACCAUCACCUACAUUGACCCAGCCACCGGCACGCCGGUUGACUUUGGCGUCACCCUGUUUGAAGAUUCCCCCGAGACCGUUGACUUCUUUACCCAGUUCGACGUGCCAGUCACCAAGGCCAUGCAUCAUGGUGACCGAAUCGCACGGAUUGACUUUCAGACCGGAGAAAUUGUGGAGCCAUACCCCGGGAAUAUAACCGACGCACUGGAGCGCUAUGGCGAGAUUCUUCAGCAAUAUCCUUAUCUAGCUGCGGGCUGGAGUCUGCCGGAUGAGGUACCCGAGGAUCUGGUGAUGCCGUUUGGCCAAUUUGUCGAAAAGUAUGAUCUGGGCGCUGCCGUCGAGCUCAUCAGUAUAUAUAGUCAAGGGGGGCGCCAUUGGCUAAAUCAUCCCACGGUGUAUAUGAUGAAAUCCGUGUCAUUAGCCAUGUUGGAUGCCUUUGAAACGGGAUUUCUGUGCACAGCGCGACAUAACAAUGGGGAAGUGUUCGACGCUGCGUUAGAUGAGCUCGGAGAAGAUGUGUUGCUGCAUAGCGUGGUGGUGAACGCGUCUCGCUCGCACGAUGAGACUCAUUUGCUGACGGUUCAAUCGUCGGAUGGGGAGAUCACCAUCAUUGAGGCGGAUGCGACGAUUGUGGCUGUUCCCCCGAGGCGGCAGGUGCUGGCAGGGCUGGAUGUGGAUGAAACCGAGUCGCAGCUGUUCGACCAAUUCCUCCACGGGCAUUACUAUGCGGGCCUGGUGCGGGUGGACGGGUACCCGAAGGGGCUUCAGAUCGUCAAUCGCGGGGCUAACACGGCAUAUACUCUCCCCUCGCUACCAUGUACUUUUGGGAUUAAUCCCACCGCGGUGGCUGAUAUUGUGAUGGUCAGCUACGGCAGUGAGAAGGCGAUGACGGAGGAGGACGUCAAAGCAGCCAUCACGGAGGACCUUCUCGGGCUGAAUGACGCUGGCUAUGAUCUGAGCGACCCCGAAUUGGUCGCCUUUGCGGAUCACUCUCCUUUUCAGAUGUCGGUCAGCAGCGAGGCCAUUGAGGCGGGCUUCCAUCAGGAUCUGAAUCACCUGCAGGGGUACCGGAAUACGUACUAUAUUGGAGGGACGUACGAACAUCCGUGGUCGUCGGCGAUCUGGCGGGGGGUGGAUCAGCUGCUGCCGUCCAUCAUCGAGGGAGCCUUGGCGAGAAAGUUGUAG